AUGGCCAACGACUGCUUCGGCCUCGGGGCGUGGUCCUUCCCCUCGGGCUUCGCCGGCAACUCGGACGCCGGCGGCGGCGGCGACGAAAUGGAGAUGUCCUUUUCCAGGGCCCUGCAGAUGUCUUUCUCCUCCGACGCCGACAUCCUGGCGGCGAUCGCCGGCGACGGCAUCUCAUCGUCGUUCCUGAAGUCCGAACCGACGGCCCCCUUCUCCGCCUCCGACGCGGAGGCGCCGCCGAAGCCGAGCUGGGGCUCGCCGGCGAUAUCCCCCACCGGCAAGAAGAUUUCCAAGCGCAAGUCCCGGGCCACGAAGCGGUCGACGACUACCUACAUCACCGCUGACCCCGCCAACUUCCGGGAGAUGGUGCAGCAGGUCACCGGGAUCCGGUUCGGCGGUGGGUCGCCGGAGCUGGAGGAUGUGGUAUACAAGCCGGAGCCGCAGAUGUCCGCCGGCGGCGGCCUGGGGGCGCUGCAGGGGGGGCGCCUGCCGACGCUGGACACAUCGUCCUUCCUGCUGGAGAGCGCGGUCGCGAGCCCGCCAUCGACGGGUUCCAGCUUCGGGUCCCCGGCCCUGGACGGCGGCGGCCCCGCCUUCGACCUCGAGCCGCGCUCCUUCCCGUACUUCCCUACACUGGAAUCAUGGCGCGUCAUGUAA